GAGAAAAGGACAUACAGUCUGUAAUGGCGUCCAUGGCCGAUCAAGAUGUUACCAACGUGGUCAUAUUCUCAACCACUUGAUCCAUCACUUCCCGCAUUGACCCGUUUCUUCCAAAUUCUUAUUCAAUCCCGCGACGCCACCUCUUCUGCAACUUUUCCCCACCAUUCCUGGAGCAUCAGCAUCGGCAGCUGCAGAACCACGAGGCGUCUCCGAUCUCAAUCCCAAAUCCACUUUCUUCAACUUCCGAUCAAUCAGCCAGCAAGAACAAACACACAAUUCAACCUCCGAUCGACCAAAAAGCUGAAAUUCCUUUGAAAUUAGGGUUUCCCAAAAUCCCCAAUUCGAGAACCCUAAUUUCAUCAUGGAACCGAAUUCCUCCUCACCUCCGAGUCCGAUCCCCAUCUUCUCAAAUUUCGCUUCGCCAUUUGCCGAGUCUCCCAAGGCGGCGAGCGGCUCCGCUUCCUCGACGAGAAAACCCCUCAGCUUAUGGCCGGGGAUGUACCACUCGCCGGUGACGUACGCCCUCUGGGAGGCCAGGUCUAGAAUCUUCGAGAGGCUUCUCGACCCCCCGCUCGACGCACCGCCGCAGAGUGAAUUACUCACGAAAACGCCGGCGCAGAGCAGGACCACCAUUCUGUACAACUUCUCCAGUGAUUACACUCUCAGAGAGCAGUACAGAGAUCCUUGGAAUGAGGUCAGAAUCGGGAAGCUGCUCGAAGAUCUCGACGCUCUCGCAGGCACCAUUUCAGUCAAGCAUUGUUCGGAUGAUGAUAGCACGACUAGGCCGCUCUAUCUGGUGACAGCCUCUGUCGACAAAAUGGUGCUGAAGAAGCCCAUCAGCGUCAAUGUUGAUCUGCAUAUUACCGGCGCAGUUACAUGGGUCGGCAGGUCUUCCAUGGAGAUUCAGCUCGAUGUCGUUCAGCCUGCAUCCCCAGGUAAAUCCGAAGCCCCGGAUUCCGUUGCUCUAACCGCCACAUUCAUUUUCGUGGCGCGCGACUACACCACGCGCAAAGCUGCCCCGGUGAAUCGGCUGUCGCCAGAAACCGAGCGGGAGAAGAAGCUCUACGAAGCAGCGGAAGCGCGGAAUAAACUGAGAAGAACAAAGAUUACAAAUGAAAAGAAAGAGGUUGAGAAUGGCGAGACCAACCGAUUCGAGGUGCUUCUGGCUGAAGGACGGAUCUUCUGCGACAUGCCGGCCUUGGCAGACCGUGAUAGCAUUCUCCUAAGAGACACUCGACUCGAGAAUUCUUUGAUUUGCCAGCCCCAGCAGAGGAACAUUCAUGGUCGGAUUUUUGGAGGAUUUCUGAUGCACCGCGCUUUUGAAUUGGCUUUCUCUACGGCGUAUACUUUUGCUGGCUUGAUGCCCUCCUUCUUGGAAGUCGAUCAUGUCGAUUUUCUCCGACCUGUGGAUGUCGGAGAUUUCCUGCGUUUCAAGUCGUGCGUUUUGUACACAGAAUUUGAAACUUCCGAGCAGCCCUUGAUCAACGUAGAAGUCGUUGCACAUGUCACAAGGCCGGAGCUUAGGUCUAGUGAGGUAUCAAACAGGUUUUACUUCACUUUCACGGUUCGACCCGAGGCUAAGGCAAAGAACAAUGGGCAUAGGAUCAGGAAGGUAGUUCCAGCAACCGAGGAAGAAGCGCGCAGAAUCAUCGAACGCAUGGAUGCCGAUUCUUUGCAGUUGUCCGAGAAUUCAAGCAAAUGAAUACCCACAUUUGGGUCCAAAGGUAUCGGAAGUUGUUUAGAUAUUACUCUUCUCAUGAAUUUCUCAGCAUAUUUGCUAUACGUGUGAUUUAAUGAUCCCGGUUCUUCACAUGAUCGAAAAAAUGCUAUAGAAACUAAGUCUCGAGAAACCGAGAUUUGAUGCAUUCUUUCGACAAUUUUCUACUAAUUUGAAAUGUCGAGACGAAGGUGAUAUGCAUAGGAGUGAACUAUUUCCGAAUAGCGCCAACGCACACUCGCACGGCGUGUAGGAUGAGAAGAAAUGUCGGAACACCACGGAGAUGCUCGGCGGAAUCUCCGUGGAAGGGAUCGGUUACUCUAAAAGGAUUAGUGUGUUUGUUCGUGGUUUUAGCCAUAAUUGGUAUAGUUGUUUGAUACAAUGAGAUGUAAAAUAUGUUUUUAAUAGGAAAGUAAAGUCUUGAAUUGAAAAUUAACAAAUAAUUAAA